CAAAAUUAGAAAUAUUACAAUUUUAUCGCGGAUUGGUAAUUUUUAGUACGUGAAAGUCCAAAUGUAAACUAAAAAGUAAGCUUCAUCAAGAAGAUCAAGAUGGGCAAGAAGAAUGAGAAGGGUGGAAAAGACAAGGGUCAAACAUCCAGUGCUAGUCAGGAUGGCCAAGAUGAUGAUCCAAAUAAAACACCAGAACCAUACAACUGUACUGGGAAAUUCUUUGAUGACUUCACAGAGUUGUGCAGACGUAACCAAAUGGUUGUGAUUCCAACGAUUGUUCCAAGACCAAAACGUCCCCCCUCCCCUAAUUCCAUGCCUGCUCCUGAUGCUAAAGAAUCAAAAGGAAAGGGAAAGGACAAAGAAAACAAGCAACCAGAGCCUGAACCAGAGCAAGAACUUGAUGAGAAUGGAGAGCCAAUAGAACCCCUGCCAAAAACCUAUACAACAAAAGAAAAGUUUGAAUAUUUCAAACCUUGUAUUCAAGUAGAGAUGGAACAUCCUGAUAAACAGGACACUGUAACCGAGUUAUUUAUAAGAGGUUGGAAGAUAGAUGAACCAAUGAUGGGUGUGUUUCAACAGACUUGGCCCCUCAUGGAAAAACUUCACACAAUUACGCUUUGGCACACUGGUCUUACUGGAGAUUCAAUAAAACAAUUAGCAGGUUUCCUUCCCCUGUGUCCUAACCUCCGCAACCUUAUCCUAGAUGGGAAUCCCAAUAAAACAGAAAACUGGCAUGAACUUAUAAAAGAGGAAAGUCUUGUAGUUAACCUGUCAUUAAGGCAUAAUUGGAUUACUGAUAAAGGUGCUACAUUGUUAGCUAAAGCAUUGGGGUCGGCCACUGGGAGUAAUACUAAACUGUUACAGUUGAAUCUCACUGGAAAUAGGAUCACUGACGAUGGGGCUAUUGAGCUGGCAAAUGGUCUACGCAUGAACAGAACAUUGUUGACGUUAGGACUAGGAAACAAUCUUAUUGGAGAUAGAGGUGUCAAGAAAAUAUCUGAGAUGCUCUCGAGGUUUCCACUAACCCACACAGAAGUUGUAGAAAGACGUAAACUUUUGUCAGAGAAAGGGUCACCUGAAAGACAAAAAUCACCUCCUCCUAGUCGAAGAGCAGACUCCAAAGACAGGCCUGGAAGUGUACGCAGUAGCUCACACGCUAAAACUAAAGGAGACAAAAGUGCCAAGAAAAAGGAUGAUAAAAAGGAUGACAAGGGUCAUGACAAAACGAAGGGAAAGAAAGAUGAUAAGGACAAAACGAAAGGCAGAGAUUCUAAAGGAUCAAAAGCACAUGCACAGGCUUCAUCUAGUGGACGCAAUUCUGGAGCAUCCCUUGUUAGUGAAGCAGGAAAGACUAUGGGUAAAACUAAGGACAAGAAGGGUGGCAAAGACAAAAAGGGCCAAGUCCAGCAGGAGACUGAGCAGCCAGAGGUUCAAGAGGUCAUCAAUCCACUCCUAGAGACCGUAGAGAGCAUGGAUGGACAGCUAUGGAUACCUGGCAAUAGGGUCCUUAUCAGUCUCAACCUAUCAAGAAAUCAAAUUGGAGAAGAUGGUAUGAAGAGUUUACUUCUUGCUGUGCAGUACCAGACCACAUUGCUCAAUAUUGUGAAGGGAGGGGGCAGUGGCCUAAUGAGGCUCUGUUUACAUAAGAACAAUUUGCCAGGAGAUAAUGAACACAUGACUAAACUGAAUGAUAUUAUGCUUACUAAGGACCCCUUCUACAAACCACCACCUAAAACACCUGAUGAGGAACUACAGAGCUAGGAAUUCAGAAGCCAACAUUUACAUCCGUCCAUCUAUCAUCCAGUCUACCUACUUCUACAGUACUAGAGUACUUCUGUUGAACAGUCCUUGCAAGGAUUAAGGAACUUAAAUCCUCAUUAUUUUGAAAUUUCAAUACUCUAUCCAAGGCCUUAAUAUCAUGCAAUACUUAAGAAAGAGCUGUGUAACUAAAAAAGUCUUUAGAAACUGUUCUCGGACUUUUUACAAACACUUGUUAAAUAAAACACCUCUGGCAGGUUCCAUAGCUAUUACACAUAAUACAGGUUUACUGUGGAUUAGCUUAUUACAUUAUCAGAUGGUGAUUACAAGUUGAAACAAAAUAUUAGGAUAAAACCAUCUAUGAAUUCAAAUCAUUUUUCAUUUAGUGAGAUUUGAAAUAUACUUUGGCUGUCAAAACCAGUAUUAAACACAGUCUACAUAAAAUGAUAAGACAUGUGUGCUAAAUAUGAUUUACAAUAUACAUGUACAUAAUGUAAAGUUAAAGAUGUUGUAAAAAUGUAAAUAGUGCAGUGUAAAUAAAAUGAAUAAAAAUUA